GCGCUGGCGGCAGAGUUCCUGGGCAUGCUGCUGUUCGCGCUUUAUGGCGGCGAGGCGCGCGACUCUGCCGCUGCCUAUGGCAACGGCCCGGCGCUGGCGGUGCUUGUGUACGCCACUGCCAACGUGAGCGGCGGCCACCUGAACCCCGCCGUCACGCUGGGCACCAUCAUCAGCGGGCACAUGGGCUGGCGCAGCGGCCUGCUCUACAUGGCGGCGCAGUUCCUGGGCGGCAUCGUGGGU